CAGUCUCUCUCUCUCUCUCUCUCUCUCUCUCUCCCUCUCGAGCUCCCGCUGCCCGCGGCUCCCUCGCGCUCUCCCUCUCUCUCCGGUAGCCUCCACCGAGCGAUGCGAGCUUUGGGAGACAGCGACGCCGCCUCCCGUUAGAGACCUGCCCCCCCGGCCCGGCCCCCUGCCCAGCCCUGCCCUGCGCGCGGGGGUCGGCGAAGGCGCCGCGGACGCACCGUCGGCUGAGGACCCGCGAUGCACAUGCACUAGCAGCACCCCCUCACUCACUCCCUCCACACCCCGCGCCGCCGCCGCCGCCGCCGCCGCCGCCUCCUCCUCCUCCUCCGGCAGCAGCGGCAGAAGGACCCACCCUGCCCCCCACCCCACCCUCCGCCGGCUCCGGCUGCGGCUUCUGCCUCAACUAUUAUUUUAUUUAUUUUGGGUCGUGCACAAGCCUCAGUGCCUGCAGCCCGCGCCUCCUUGGACCGCGGGCGCCUCCUCCCUCGGCCCCGGAGUCCCAGACCCCGGCCACCUUCGCCUCGACACCCCUAGAGCCCGCCAGCUGCCGCGAGCCUCAGCGCUGGAAUCUUGUUAGCGGCUGUCUUUUUGGGGGGUUCUGGUUUCCCGACAUUUUUGUUUUCGGCCAAGGGAAGGAUAUCGUGGUUUUUUUCCCCUUUUGAGCCCAGGCUCUGCUCUCUGGGGGGGUGGGGGGCGCGCCGAGCCGGGGAGCCGUGCCAGCCGAGUCGUGCGGGCUGUGGCAGGGAAGGGGCCACCAUGGGAUGUACUCUGAGCGCAGAGGAGAGAGCCGCCCUCGAGCGGAGCAAGGCGAUUGAGAAAAACCUCAAAGAGGAUGGCAUCAGCGCCGCCAAAGACGUGAAAUUACUCCUGCUGGGGGCUGGAGAAUCAGGAAAAAGCACCAUUGUGAAGCAGAUGAAGAUCAUCCACGAAGAUGGCUUCUCUGGAGAAGACGUGAAACAGUAUAAGCCUGUUGUCUACAGCAACACCAUCCAGUCACUGGCAGCCAUUGUCCGGGCCAUGGACACUCUGGGCAUCGAAUAUGGUGACAAGGAGAGAAAGGCUGACGCCAAGAUGGUGUGUGACGUGGUAAGUCGGAUGGAAGACACAGAGCCCUUCUCUGCAGAACUGCUUUCCGCCAUGAUGCGGCUCUGGGGCGACUCAGGAAUCCAGGAAUGCUUCAACAGGUCUCGGGAAUAUCAGCUCAACGAUUCUGCCAAAUACUACCUGGACAGCCUGGAUCGGAUCGGGGCCGCCGACUACCAGCCCACUGAGCAGGAUAUCCUCCGAACCAGGGUCAAAACCACUGGCAUCGUAGAAACCCACUUCACAUUCAAGAACCUCCACUUCAGGCUGUUCGACGUCGGGGGCCAGCGAUCUGAACGCAAGAAGUGGAUCCACUGCUUCGAGGACGUCACAGCCAUUAUCUUCUGCGUCGCGCUCAGCGGCUACGACCAGGUGCUCCAUGAAGACGAGACCACGAACCGCAUGCACGAGUCUCUCAUGCUCUUUGACUCCAUCUGUAACAACAAGUUCUUCAUCGAUACCUCCAUCAUUCUCUUCCUCAACAAGAAAGAUCUCUUUGGUGAGAAGAUCAAGAAGUCACCUUUGACCAUCUGCUUUCCUGAGUACACAGGCCCCAAUACGUACGAGGACGCGGCCGCCUACAUCCAAGCACAAUUUGAAAGCAAAAACCGCUCACCCAACAAAGAAAUUUACUGUCACAUGACUUGUGCCACAGACACGAAUAAUAUCCAGGUGGUAUUCGACGCCGUCACCGACAUAAUCAUUGCCAACAACCUGCGGGGCUGCGGCUUGUACUGACCUCUUGUCCUGUAUAGCACCCUAUUUGACUGCUUCACGGACUCUUUGCUGUUGACGUUGAUCUCCUGGUAGCAUGACCUUUUGGCCUUUGUAAGACACACAGCCUUUCUGUAUCAAGCCCCUGUCCAACCUACGACCCCAGAGUGACUGACGGCUGUGUAUUUCUGUAGAAUGCUGUAGAAUCUGGUUUUAGUUGAGUCUUUACAUUUAGAAUUUGAAAAG